AUGGGGAUUUCGCCGUCGAAACAGGCGGAAACCACUCUCAGUAGCUCGUCGGCGUUCACCGCCGCCUGCGAAUCGGCGUAUUCCCACUGCCUUUCCUUAACCCAGCACGCCUUCCCAGGCGUCCUUCCCUACCAACUCCCGACUGCCUCCGAUCAAAUCCACUCCACCCUCACCACCACUAACAAAAUCCCACUCAUCGUCAAUUGGGUCCCCACGCCGCCGACCCAGGCCCAAGUGGACUCAGCUCUGAAGGUCGUUGAAACCUUCCGACGAGAGGCGGAGGCGCCGGAGGAAGAGCCGAUGACGCUGGGAGCGGAGGAGUUUAAGCAGUGGGCGGUGGUGCUGUUCGCGGAUGCCGUGGCGGACAAGGCUGGGAAGGCUCUCCUGCAGCGUGUGCCGAUUGGAGUCGCCGGGAUAGUUGGGAUUGGGGCGGUGGCGAGGCCAGGGAAGAAUUUGGUAGGGGCGGCGAUUGGACUCUACGCGCUCGGGGUCGUGACUUCCGUGUACCUGAGUUUGUCCGGUUAA